CUGGCUUGAAGAAGGAGAUGUAGAAGUAGAACCCUCUAGGAAAAAUGGAUGCCUUUGCAGCUCGCAGAUCUCAGCACAAAUAUGUAGCUAGAUUGCAUAAGUUAUCUUUUCAAGUGGCAUUAGAUUAUGUCCCUUGCUGGUCAGCGACCAUGGCAGCACGCAAGAACUCGUCUACUUUUUUAUGAGAAGGGUAUCAUUGCUUACAUGUGAGCAUGUGACACUAGAGUUGCUCCUUCACAAGCAUGCUAUCAAUUUGUGCCCCUAGGACGAAGACUUUCGACUUUUUUUUAGUUGCCAAUAGUGCUAGGAAAUCCCCCACUUGUGUGUCUUAUCUGACUCUUGAGAACAGAAUCGUGGCCUACAAGUAUGAAAUUUCUUAGAGGUGCCCAGGACGACCUGCAGCUGCCUAUCUAUAUCCUUCUUCAGUCUUCCUUCUACACAACUGAGAGCUCCUGGUGGAUCUGGCGGCAAUCGUUGCCGGUGUAGGGUGGGGCAUCUCAGUCGCAGGUUGGCUUGUCUCUCCAAUGACCUCCGAGCUCCUCGACAAAUGCUUCUCCUACAUCGGCUUCCCCUCGCCAGAGAAGGUCGAGGAAAUGCAGAGGAAGAUUCUACAGCUGAUGCUGUUGCUUGAAGCGACUACUGAGGACUGUCCACAGAGGGCAAGGCUGGAGCAAUGGAUGAAGGAGCUCAAGACUGCUUUUCAUGAAGCUGAAGUCAUCCUUGAUGCUAUUGAUUAUGACCGCCUCAAAAGUCAUGUCAUCCCUUUUCAAGCUGUGAGCAGAACAAAGCAGGUGGUUGAAACUGUGAUGGAUUUUAGUGUUCCCAUUGAAUCAAGGACGGAGCUGGAGCCUGGAGGCAUCAUUAAAUAAGUUAGAAAUCCUAAUUGAUGAAGGACACAAGGUUCUUUCAUUUCUGAAGUUGCCAGUCAGCUGUGACUGUAUCAAUAAUACACUAAGCAAUACUGUGAGAACACACACCAGGUGUGCUUCAACUCCUUCAGUUGUCUUUGGUCGAGAUAGCGAUCUUGAUAUGAUAAGAAAAAUGCUUCGUGAUGUACCUGCUGAUGAUAAACCUUACGCUGUUGUCGGUAUCCAUGGCAUUCCAGGGUCAG